CUUUUUUGGCUUUUGCAAAUACACACAGCUGGGUCGACUUUUGUUCCUGGCUCCUACUUAAACCCCUCUCAUCUCUUGACUUCAGUAGGUUAAUUUUAGCUGAAGACUUCAAGGAGGUAGUUGAAAAGAAUCCAUUUCUUAUGCUGCGCUUCAGUGACACCUUGUGUUCAGUAUCAUUACCCUCCUGGCUUUGAUGCUGCUACUGAAGAAGACUUUAAGGAGUUCCUUGAAGGAAGGCGUAUCACUUGUCUUCCAUUCUUUGCACAUUCAUUACUCAUCAAUGGGAAUUACAUGUCUCUUUAUAAGCCCAUCUGCACUCAAUAGCUGCCAUUCCACUGUCACUCACACAAUCAAAACUGUGUAAGUUGAUCUAUGCACUGGCGGUCAAGGGCAAAGAACCGGUAACUCUACCUCGGCUGCUUGAGGAUGUAAGGAUGCAUGAUAAGAAGGGACGUACUCAGUGUACACAGUGUUUAUGUGGGGAGUUUUGUGUGGAAGACCAGCAAUCACUCUGUGGAACAAACAGGGGUCCAAGUGAACAAUGAAGAAAAGUGAAUGCAGUGCUGUCAGAAAUAAUCUGAACUGGAUUAUACAACACAAGUGGGAUUUCUGUGACACCUGAGUGUUGCUAAAAUGUGACGUUUAGGGGAAAAUACAUGGCUUGUGUAAAGUAAAGUAAGCCUAUUAUUUUAUGUUUAUUCAGUUUAAUUUUUCAAAGUGUAUUUAUGUUGUUGUAGUUAAACUAAAAUAAGUCAAACUAAAAUACACUUUACAGUAAUGUAGCCUACAUAUUUCCUUGCUGCAGUCGUAUUUGGGGCUGUAAUCUUCAUAUUACCGAGCUCAUCACCUGCACUUGAAGGCAGCAUCAGACAACACCGAAGAACUAAACGUCCUUCCCGGGAUUUUCACGCGUUCCGUUGCCAUGGAGCUGAGUUUGUUUCUUUCUGCCGGUUUACACAAAGUGAGAGGUUGUGCUUUAAAAUAAAGUGGAGAAACCCGGCGUAGGUGUAACUGUCCUCGCUGUCCAGACGCACAGUGGGUACGUGGAGAACAAGGAACAAAGACUUUAAUGGACUUUUAAGGACUUUUUCCAGCACGGUAAGAAGCGCGUGCCCAACAAGGAACCAGGGUGGCUAGCUAACAUUAACAUUAUCCCUGCAGCCUCAGUGUGCAGGUGGGUGUGAUGGUUACUGAAGCUCUGUCUAUAAUGCCUUUUAUUUUACUGUGUAUACCGCCAAAUGUUUUAGUUACAGCGUUCGUUUGUCUUUUUUUUUAAUAAAUGUGUGAUAUUUAGUAACGUUAGAGGGUCAAAAGGUCAGUAGCUGUGAAAAGUCAUGCGCAUUUAGACUCACUUUGUGAUUUAGCUGCAGUUCUACCUUACCUAACGUUAUAGGAGUUAAAGUAACGUAACGGAGUGACCUAACGUUAGCUGACCGAAAAUUUGCUACACUAAGUUACUUCUUAGCAGUCCUUCCAGAAAAAUGCGUUUUUUUGUGAUUGUUGCGGGCAAAAAUCCUUGAUUAUGCGGCACAUUGUCUUAACAAAUGCGAUGGAAUAUGCGGGAUGUUUAUGCGGGAUAUUUAUUAUUAUUAUUAUUAUAUUAUAUUUACAGAAAGUGCUGGGAAUAUUUAAGUUCUCAUCUUGUUUUAUUUCAGACCUUAAUAAACACAUGGCUCAAACUUACAAAACAUUGAUGAGUCAAACAAGUUCUGUAGCUUUACAAAAGGAAUGUGCUACAACUUCUGUAACAAUGAAUAAAUAAAAUAUGAGACUGAUUUGCGGGCUUCAUUGCGGGGUUUGCAGCUUUUCGAUGAUGUUCACGUCGCGUAAUUACGUCACUUCAUAACGUUCCCAUGGCAACAGCGGAAAAUGGCUGCUCUUGUGUGAAGUAAACGCAACAUUUUCCAACUUUCUGCUAAGAUAUAUGUGACUUUUUUGCAACGAAAAUGCGGGGAUUAUGAAAUCAUGCAAGCCCCGCAUAUUUUGCGCGGAAAUCGGCAAUUUAUGCGGUGAAAGUGCGGCGUAGGCUAUUUGAAAAAAUGCGGCCCCCGCAUAAAUAUGCGGACUUCGGCUGAUUAUGCAUUGAAUUAUGCGAUCGCAUAAUCGCGUUUUUCAGGAGGGAAUGUCUUAGAGAGGAAAGUCACCGAAUGUCAACAAUGGUCAAGUUAAAUUGAGGUCAAACUGGAUUUCCCGUGAAAAUGCACUGCUUACCAAAACAAAGCAGGGGGCUGCUCACUAUAAUGGCUCCACAGACUGUUGCUAACAACAUAUGUGCUCUGAGAUUUGACAUGGUUGAGUGAUUUCAACUAUACAAUACUUAAGUAAAAACCAAGCCUAAACCUGAAUGAAAUAGUUUAUUUAAUUAUUUCUUAUUUCUUUAAAAAUAGCUACACAGUGGCUUCUGGCGUUGGUCAUUAGCGUGUAUACCUGCGUAUUUGUCAGGAAGUUGUGUCUCCCUUUUUCUUUUCUUUUUUCCAGCAGCCCCUGUCUGACCCCGUAAUGAGUGGCAGAGUAGCAGAGGGCCGCCUGCAGGUCCUUCAGAUCUACCGUCUGCUGCAGUGCGUCCAUGAAGGGGAUAAGGGGCAGAUAGAGAAGAUGGUAAACCUCGGGGUUGAAAACCUCAUCAAUCUCACCGAGCCACAAGACGGCACAGGGGUGCUACAUGUGGCGGUUUCAGCCAACAAUCAGGACCUGGUCAGCUUCCUUCUCUCCCAGGGAGCACACCCUGACAUCCAGGACAAGAAGGGUCGCACCGCAGCCAUGUUAGCCGCUGAGCAGGGCAAUGAUGCCAUAGUAGCACUGCUGACCCAGAGCAAUGCUAACCUGAGGCUACAAGACACCGAGGGCAAAGGUGUAUUGUUUUACUGUAACUACCCCACCAAGCGCCACACCCACUGCCUGCAGGUGGCGCUGAAGUGCCACGCAGAUGCCAACAAUGUGUCAGCUCAGGGGAAUCAUGUUUUCCAGUUGAUGUGUGAAAAAGCCCAGGAGUGCACCCCACUAUGUCUCAUCAUGCUGGGUGGAGGGGCAGACCCUAAUGCAACAAAUCAGAAAACCGGCGUCACAGCGUUAAUGGAGGCAGCCAAGGUCGGAUCCCUGCAGCUUGUUCAAACCAUUCUCAAGAAAGGGGGAAACCCUAACGCCCUGGACAAAAAACGCCUCACAGCAGUACACUAUGCCGCAAUGGGGGGCUUUUUUGAGGUGCUUCAGGUGUUGUCUGCAUACUCAGCAGACAUGGGUGUGAUCAACAUGGAUGACUGCACACCCCUACACUACGCUGCUGCCACGGGCAACGCUAACUGCUGCAAGUUCCUGGCACAAAGAGGUUGUAACCCCAAACUGAAGAACCAGGAAGGUUUUCUGCCACGUCAGAUUGCCAAAGACGCUGGUCAUAAAGCAGCAGCCAAGGAGCUAAGGAAAGCCGAGAGGCAACAGGGAAAAGGCAAGAAAUCCAGCGGGGGCGGCCUCAUGUCAGACCUUUGGGUCCUGACACUCCACGACUGGUCUUACGAGUAUGAGACUGAAUUACGGCAAGCCUUUGGGAACAAAUCAGACACAGUUACCACUGAGAUGUUUAUUUCAGUGUUAGAAGAACUAAAAGCUCCAGUCGAGCUAGACCAGCUCCAUACAGUCAUCUUAGCCCAUGACAAGGGAAGAGAGGGCUGUAUCAACAUUAAUGAUUUCAUCAAAGGUGUCAAGUACAUCAAGAAACCAUUCCUCCUCUCCUCUUAUAUGCCUAAAAAGAAAAAGGGAGAAAAGGGAGGAAAAGGAGGGAAGAAGAAAGGUAAAUUUGUCCUCCCCAUGCCCAUUUGCACCCUCCCGCCUGAGCUUAUGCCCCGGCGACCAGACGGAGGCCCACCCCACUUCAUGAUUGAGACAUACUACAACUGUUCAGACAUCCGUCGUUUCGACCGUGAUCACCCACCAGAACAUCCCAUAAUGAAUGACUCAGGAUGGUACCUUGAAAAGCCAGACAAGGUCUACGUCAAUAUCAACUACUGUGUGAAAAGUGGAGACCUGGAGACUCUGGACCUCGCUUUCAGUCAGGGGGUUCCUGUAGAUGUUAGAGAUCAGUUUUACAAGACCCCGCUGAUGGCGGCCUGCUCCAGUGGCAACUAUGAGGUGGCUCAGUACCUCCUCAGUCGGGGGGCGGAUGUGAAUGUGUGUGACCAGUUCUUCUGGACGCCACUGCACCAUGCAGCUCACGCUGGCCAAGUUGAACUUAUUGAACUUCUGGUGGAAGCCGGGGCCACCAUAGAUGCCCAAGCCCUCAGUGGAGGCACGCCCCUCAUGAGGGCCAUUGAGAGCUCUCGACCGUCCUGUGUGGACUUCCUCAUCAAGGCGGGUGCUAAUGUCAAUGCAGAGAACAAGAAAGAACAAAACUGCCUCGACAUCGCCAGAGCUUUUGCAGACUCCAGAAUAAUCGACUUGGUCAAAGACAAGAUGGAUUCUCUGCCUAAACCAAAGGAAAAUGCAAAGGGAAAGGGGGGCAAAACUCAAAAGCCUAAACCUGCUAAAGGAAAGAGGCACAGGACCUUUAGUGCCAGCCCAGCCUGCACCACAGACAGGCAAGAGAGUCACAGCAGCAGCAGGUUAGAAAAGCGGAUGUAAACAUCUGGAUGUGCACUAUCUACAGGCAAGAAAAGAAAUAACUUUUGCCAUAUAACUGCAGUUUUUUGUAAAGAAAAAAAGCUUAAUGUUUUGUCCAGCUGAUCAGUGAGUAUCUGUAUCACUGAUACAACCUACACCCUAACCAAGCUUAUCGUUAAUGUUUACAUUUUGUUUUAAAUUCACAGUUACCAUUUAGUUGGUGCUUUUCAUGGCCUUAACAACUGCAAUUUCAGCUUGGACCUCCCUUACACUUCCAUUUUGUGACCUAAAUAUUUGUUUAUUUAUUAUAUGUCUGCUGUCUUUAAAGUGUGUUCACUACCCUCUCUCUCUCUCUGACUGAACUGAAUCUGUCACUUAGACCUUUAAUUUGUAGCAACUGCUUGGAUAGAACAAUGCAAAUCU